GGGUCGCCGGCCCCCGCGCCGACGAAUGCUGCCCUGGUAUCGACUUCCCGCUUCCCCCCACGCAAAAGUAGCAUGGGACAACAAGACGAUGCAUCGGGAAGUAGGCCAGGAUCUCGCCCUGGUUCGAGCGGUCGACCUUGGAAUCAACAAAGGUCAGAUUCACCGGAAUACCAAGCUCUUGCUUCAGCUGGCACACCGAACAAACCAUUGCCCUUUAUUCGCCCAGCUGACAUUUACCGUAGGAUGGAAGAGGAGAAGGAGAAGGAGCGCAGGUCAAUGGACUCUACCGACAAUAUACAAGGAAUGCGCACUAGCUUCGACAGAGAGGAUGAUUCGGAGGCUUCCCGUGGGCUCAAGUCAACGCUUACUCCUGUCGCCGAGAGAAAGAGUGAGUACGGCCUCGACCGUCUGACCCAUCAUGUUGACAAGGUAUAUCCUGCGGAAACAGCCGCACCAGAGCCAACCACCAAACCGGAAGAAGUCUUCUCUUCCCCUUACAUAGCAGCGCCCGUAGUCUUGUCUAGCAGGAACCAACCUCUUAAAAGUUCCGAGGACCGUCGAAAAUCGAUGAGUCCCAGGCUACCCGACUUGACGCGCAUGUCAGGAUUUGGAACUGAUUUGUUUUCGGCGCCAGGGUUUCCAGAUACAGAGGAGCCAGCACAAGCAACGCUUUUUGGUAGUAGGUCGGAGCACCGCGGCGUAGACUCGAAACAGACCGAGGCAAAUCAAGCCUCCAUCCAGCCCGAUUCGACAUUACAGCCGAGCGAUGGCGUUCCUGACAGUUCGGAAAAGACACCCCCGAAGAAUUUCCAAGGUAAUGUCGGCAAUGAUGUGCAUGGAGCAUCAAGUUUGAUCGAGGGCCCCGCGCUCAGCGACGAGGAUACGACAGUUUUACGAUCGCCUCCUUCCGAGAUCUCCGAAUACCCCGGAUCGCAGGGUCAGAAUGCUGCUUCACAAUUCUCUCCACCAUCCCCUGACGCAACCGUCAAGGAACGAACAAAGCCGUCCAGACCCUCGAUACCUGGUGGGUGGGUAUCAGAAACUACAAACUUUGGCUCGGCAACACCUACGCCUAUGGAACGGCCAGAACCUACAAUAUCGCAACUAUCUCCUGUUCAAGAUGUCUCGGAAAGUUGGCCUGUUACCGACUUGGCAGUAGGCGACAUUGCGCCUACAACAACCGUGAAACAUGCUCAUUCUCUUAAUUCUGCCCCGAACACGAUUCCCAAACCCCACACGAUGUCAGGGGCUAGUGAAUAUGAUUUUGGCAAUACCACGGGCAGACAUGACCAAGCAAUGGCCGACGAGGUGAUUGCGGGCCGUCCAGAGCAUCUUCCGACACCGCAAGCCCUUCCACCGCUGCACACGCCAGACCCUCUAUCUUCGUCCAACGCACCGCCACUAGUCAAUCAAGAUACAGCAAUCUCUGGAGCGCCAAGCUCAGGAGAUUCUCCAUCGAAAUACUCAUCCUCAACUUACCCACGAACGGCAACUACGGCAUCUGGGUUCACUCCAACUGCGCCAUUGAACCCGAAACGCGGUGACACCUCAUCAUCCGAAUUUGUAGCGCCUGAUUUUCUCCCUCGAAACUUCACCAUGAGUUCCAUGGAUACAUCGUCUCCAAACGAGAGCGAUAAGCUCAGGGAAGAUAUCAUCAAAUCGCUUAGUCCAGUAGACUCGGCCCUGGCAAAUUCUACCACCAUUCCGUCGGGUGCUGACCAGUCACUUCCAGCGCCCUCGCCAGAGUUGACGCGAGAGAGCAGAUAUUUAUCCGGAGUUUACGAUGAUUACAUGGGUCUCAAUGAAGACAAGUCGUUGCGGGACACCAGCCAAGUUUGGAGAGACGAAGGCAGCACUACUUCACCAGCUCUUCCGGAGUCAAGGUCAGUCAAGACUCCUGCCUUAGAGGGACACCCGCCUCCAGUAGCAGCCACGAGUAUUGAACAAACAAGUUCGGCGACGGGGCCGGUUUUGGAGAGACGAUUUUCGUGGGAGCAGUUAGCAGAAGAAAGUGAUGUCAACCCGGUCGAGGCGCCAGUUAUUCGCGCCCAAGUAUCAGAAGCAGUGCACGAAAGUGCGGAAACUUCGACCGCUACGAGUGCCACCGUCCACGGAGACACGCCAGCUCUGGCCUUGCAAAUCGAGCCUGACAAUGGAGGUACCAUGUCUCACCAGGUUUCCCUGGUCAGCAGCCAUACCCCAGGGGGCCUAGGUAUCGCCGGGAUCGAGCCACCGUCGCCUAUAUCUGUCAUGUCGUCGGAACGAAGCCCUGGAGUCACUGAUCACAAGAACAGACGUUUGUCACUCGCGGAAGAGAAGGUUCUCAUCCAAGUUUCUUCCAACCCGGUGUCGCCGAGUCCCGAGGAGGAGCAUCCGGCCCUUGCCACCAGAACGCCCCGUGAGGCCUCACCAGUGCUAGAUAGUGCCAAUCCAGUGGCGUCGCCACCAAAAUUCGUCAACAUUACGGGCUGGCGGGAGAUACUCAGUUUACCAUCGCCAGCGCUUAGAAUACAAAAGUUCGACGAGACAAGAACACAAUACACAGCUAUGGAAUCGGGUCAACCGGGCCACGAGCCAUUGCCAUCAUCUUCCGCGAGUUCUGCUGGCAUAGCAGCCACGGCGGCUUCUGGGCAUGGACCCUUGCAAUCAUCGCCAACAGGCACACAACCACCUGUUCAACAGCCAUAUUACCAGCAGUACCUCAACGCGAGCAACGACAAGCUGGCGUCGGCGCCGGCAGGCCUGGUGCGGCAAUCUACGGGUAAUGCCUUGUCGUCCGGUCGGCAACCCGGCAAAGAGUUCUUGCAGGCAGCGGGCUCGUUUGGAAACAAAGCUACGAAGGCGGACAAGCUUCGUGGUUCUGGCGACAAGGACUCCAAAGAACCACAAUUGCAUGCACGGUUAGGCUCUCCCCCCCGGGCUACGUCACAAACAGUUAAGACACGAAAUGAAGGUCGGCGCUCCUCUUGGGGUUUUAGCUUAAUCGGGAGUCGUUCACAGAGCCGACAAGGCUCAGAGGUCCACCCAAAUUAUCAUGCUCACUCCUCCUCAUUUUCGCUAAUACAGCACCUCGUCCACCGGGACUCAAAGUCUACCAGGCCCCCGUCUCCAGCUCUAGCUACGGCUACAUCUACAGUGUUGCCAGCCGCAAAUCUAGCCAGUAGUACCACGCAGCGGCCGCCCGGCACGGCAGCACUAAAACCCAACGACAGGGCACCUGCAGCGCCAGCACCAUCAUCAGCUCAUCCUAACGCUCGUGCCGCAUCCCACGCUUCUGUCCCUAGCACUGAUAAUUCUGGCAAUCUCACCUGUGGUGCUGAGCCGUAUGCGACCCUGUCUUCUAGAUCUAGGUUCAGCUUCCGUCUUCCGCCAUUGCAUCUGUCAAGAAACUCUUCACGUUCGCCUUCCCGCUCCCGUCCUUCUCCAUUAUCGCGUGUCAGUCGCAGCCGUCCCUCUUCUUGGAUAUCGACAACGACAGGUGAUCGACGCUUGUCAUUGCCGCCACCGCAGUCGCAAUCUCAAUCCAGGCGCAACAGCUCAAUUUUCGAGGUCGUACCCGCUCCCCACAAUCCACCAGACAUCGGAUUAGCGUCACCUAUUCCCACAUCGUCGUCUGCAUCGCUCCAUCGCCAUCAGUCUUACUUCGAGCGUAACGAGUCCCCUCCACCGCCUGUGCCUCCGUUGCCGAAGCCACUCCCCAUCAGCAAGCAGCAGCCAACUUGGGAUCCUUACACGGCUACGCCGCUCGUCGAAGAGGAGGAUUUUGAGCUUGUAACACCCGUGCAAGCGCGUCCCUCGCCACCGCCAGCCGCUGCCAUUGCGACGGACUCGACUAUCAGUGAUGCAGCGCGUUUAAGCACCGACGAUAGAUCGGACGAUUGGAUAGAAAUCAUUAGUCAGGAACCUGAAACAGUGCAAUUACCAGAGCCACUCGGUGAACCGCCCCGAAGUAUGACGGCGCCGCUGACGGGUCAGAGGCCGGUCGCAUCGCCGCUACAAUACCCCCAGCAAGAAGGCGGCCCCGCGGAAGCUCCCCGAAUAAGCUCUUUUGUUGGGCUGCCACCCAUUCGUCGUACGUCGACCUUUGGUCUGUUAGGCGACAAGAAAAGCCAAAGUGACAGCGAAUCCAUCGAUUCGCCAACUGCGCCUUCAGAGGAGGAAGUGCCACCGGUACCUCAGAUCCCAGCCAGCAUGAAUCUUCAGACUGCAAAUGGACAGCAAGUGCCUGGUCAAUCUCGAUAUAACCAGGCAUCCUCACAACAGCCACAGACUUUCACACAGCAAGUGCCCCAAAGUCUGCCUCCUACGCAGUACAUGAAUGGCCAUAACGACUAUGGUGCCUACGCCCCGCAAGGUGUCCAUGGCUUCCCAGUCGAUCGCAGUGCUAUGCAGAACGGCAAUAUAGUUCCGCAGCAGCAUGCUCCUGCUACUGGGCCAUACCAAGUACAACAACUCACGGGGGGUCGCGGCGCGCAAGUUCCUGGGGGCGCGUUGUCGCAAUUCACUGUGCAAAGCCAGAAUGGGUCUCCACCUACGCCAGGACAGCCAUUCGCGCAGAUGGGUAUGCGACCUGGUAUGUCCUCUUCUCCGGCUGCCGGCAAUCCCAUUCACCGGUUCCCGCCGCAAGGUCAAUGGAAAUUGGAAGAAUCUCAUUUAUCCGAGCCCCUAAAUUCUUCGAGGAAGGCGCAGAAUAGUCCUCCUAUGCAACAACCAGGGUAUUAUGCUGAAGACAAAGAGACUGAAUUACUUACACCAGGCGGUCCUUCACAGCCUCCACAACGUUCGAUGCGUAAUACCGGUUUGCCACCAGUGUCUGCUCAAAGGUUUCCCGGUCUGUUCCCGGCUGGAAGCUCAAACCAGUCUCCCGUCCAGCAAGCCCAGCAAGUCCAGCAAGCCCAGCAAGCCCAGCAAGCCCAACAAGCCCAACAAGCCCAACAAGUCCAACAAGUCCAACAAGUCCAGCAGGAUCAGAUCCAGAUAACCCCGGCUGCCCAACAUGCACAGCAACAACGCCGUGACAGCAUGAACGUUUCGAGAGCGUCCACACAGGAUUUGGACGAAGAUAAUCGGCGUCCAUCUCAAUCUGGUCUUUUAAACCAGAUUGGCGGUAAAUUCCUGCCGCACCGUGGAAGAUCUGAUUCCAUUGCCAAGGAUGGGCCUUCUGUCCAGACCGAUGAGGUUUCUGUCUCUGAAACGAGUGAAUUGACCGAUGAGCCGCAAGAAAAGAAGCACAAGCGGGCUUCAUUCUUCGGUAUUAGCAACUUGGGCAAUAGUGGUCCUAACACGCAAUCCAGCUCAGGACAAGGGCCCCAACAGUUCGGUCCACCUGAGAAAAAGAAGACUUUUUUCGGUGCAGGAGAAGCCGACAUGUUUAAGAGCGGUCCUAAGGACGAUCCACAAGGAGGUAAACCAGAGCUAGUCCAUCCUGGUGGGCCAUCCAUGCAAGCCGCCAUUAGACCUCCAACGGGCGGACCUACAGGCUAUCAGGGGCCGCAACCCGGGCCGCCUCUCCAGUAUGGUCAACCCGGCAUGAUGGCUCCUCCUCCGCCGGGUGGCCGAACUCGUAGCAGUACUCAGGGCUCUGUGCAGGGGCCCCCAAUGGGACUACCACCGAACAUGGCCAUGGGUCCUCUCCGACAACAGCAUACAGGAGAUGGCAAGGAGAGAAAGUCGUCGACAAGCGGGUUCUUGGGUGGUCUGUUCGGUAACCGGCCUGGGACUGGUACCAAAGAUUCAAAAGCUUCACAAGGGCCACAGCAGGCGCCGCCACCUGGCCAAUUAUCUAUGCAAAAUGGGCAGCAAUUUCCCCCGCGAAUGGGAUACCCCGGGCAGCCAGGCUUUCCGCAAGGCCAGCCGGGUCCAGGCGUGCCACCCCAAGGGCAGCUAGGUGCUCCCGGGCAGUAUCAUCCCGGAUGGCAAGGUCAGCGGCCUGGAGGACCUAGCCCUCAAAGCUCACAUCACUCUCUACAUCAAGCAGGGCAGCCCGGCAUACCACAAGUAUAUACAGCUAUAGGUCAAGGAAGCGUGAUGUUGGAGACGAGACAGCCAUCACAGACAAAUUUGUCGACUCAAGCACACCCAGGUUCAUCACAACAGCAACUAUACCAAGAACAACGACCAGGUAUUCCUCCUCAACAAGGGUCACAGACUAACUUGAAACCCGAGGAAUAUGAUAUCAGGAGGCCGUUACAAUCGAACCCUGUUACACCGUCUGGUGAACACCAAAGGACUCUUGCGCCAUCAGAUGAUUUCUCCCGCCGAUCAUCUCAGGACCACCUAAGCGUCAGCGGAUCCUCCGGCCUUCCUCGACCAUCUCCUAAUCGAAAGCCGGUUGGCUCUGGCCCUUCUAGAACAGUUUCUGGCAAUAUUAUAACCUUGCAACAAGAAGCAUCCACUUCUCAGACAUCAAUUUCGAAACCUGAAGGGCCGCCCCAACCAUCAAAGAGCCCGGGAUUAUCAAAUGAGUUUGGAGGCGAUGGGCAGCAAGCCUCCAUUGAGACAUCUUCUAUUCAUCAAGACCCCCGUUCCGGCACACCGACUCAUUCCCCACACAUACGGCACCCGUCCCUGCCAAAUCCAUCUCAGUCUCCUGCGCCGAUGCCAAGUGGCCCGGAAUUUCAAAGGAGGCUUUCAUCGCAGCCUGGUCAACCACAAGGCAGCCCGCUCUCCCAACAAAUCUCAAAUGGUCAACAGCUGGUACAAGGCACCACUCCGGACCAACCAUUACGAAUGCCUUCCGGUCAGAUGGGCGGCAUGCCACAAGGCCAGCUUGGACAAUCAAUCCUUCAGACUCACGCACAGCCCGGUCAUGCAGGCCAUAGUCAUCCAGUUCAGCCAGGCUCUGGACCCCAACAGGUUCAAUCUCAGCUCUGGGGUUUCACUCGCACGGCUACGCAGCCCCCAAACAUGCCUGGUCCUUCAGGUCAGCAGCAGCAGCAGCAGUUACAGCAUGGCCCAGGCCGAGGUGGACAAGGUCCAUCGCAAGAACAGAAAGGUGCCAUGUCCAAGCUGUUUGGUGGUGCCAAUAAGAGACGAGAAUCAGCAUCUCCCCAGCCACCUCUUGCUAAUCAGGCAUCUCAACACAAGGAGAAAGAGAGUACUUCGUCAAAACUGUUUGGUGCGUUCAAACGAACAAAGCAACAGGAGCAGCCUCAGCGUCAGCAACAACAACAACAAUUACAACAACAGCGACCACCUCAAGGAUCGCAGAUGUAUGCUCCAAUGAUGCAAGGUGCUAUGCAGGGAGGCCGUGGCCAAACAACAAACCAGCCAAAUCAGCCUGUUCAGGGGAUACAACCAACACCGCACCAAUUAAUUCAAGCUGGACGUGGCCAGCCGGCCCCAAGUGAUUCAUUGCCUCAGGCCUCAUUUGGCUCACCUGGCCAGCAACAGGGUAAUCCACAAAGCCCUCCCCAAUCUGUUCAAUCAGGUCGUGGCCAAGUACCGCCACCACAGAUGCUUGGCGAUCGUGGUCAGCUUCCCUCUCAGACACGGGUCGGAUAUGGCCAGAUCUCUUCCGCGGUCAUGCCCAUGAUGCAGUCCAGUCGAAGUCAGACAAUGCCUCCGCGACAGGAACCCCAGUAUGCUUCAGUGCCAAUUCCUCGCGGAUACGAAGCAGUCCAUGGCUAUGGCGUGCCUAACAUGGUAGCCACUAGCCCAUACAACGUGGGUCGGGGAUCGCCGCCUCAGAAUUUCGGGCCACAAUUUCAGCCUAUGAUGCCACAGCACACUGGUGCAUCACAGCAGGCGUCACUGAUGAUGCCUCAACAUACGGGUGCAUCUCAGCAAAUUUCUCACCAGAUGUUACCGCAGCACACUGGCACAUCUCAGACUGAUCCGCGACUGCCCUCUCCAGCCUUGUCGCAGCAGGCUCAGUCACCCUAUGGUCCCCCACAAGGCCGAGUUCUGUCACAAGCCGCAGGGAACGUCGCUCAGAGCCCGCAUUCUCAUCAUGGUAUCAGUUCUGCUCAGCAGCAAUUUAGCACCGCUCAGCCUCCAGUGCCACAGAGCGCUACAUCUCAAACACAGGCCUACCGUAUCGACACACAAGGAUCGCCGCAUCUGCAACCGGCUCAAGAAACCUUCUUAUCCCCUCCCAGCGCCCGAGGGUCCGAGCAGGACAUCUUGGCUCAGUCACAGGAUGAGUCGGUCCCUGCCGAAAACAAACAUAGACAGACACUGAGGCCGCAGCCUGAGCAUAUUAUCACAAUGGUAGAUCAAACACCUGGUCAGCCUCAACCCCAGGACACGGCCUCCCCGCAGAAUCAGCCCCUUCCUGAUUCAGCACGUACUUUCUCUCCAAUCAACUCAGCUAUUGGUAAAUUAGCAGACCCUCCACUGCCACCGAUUGCGUCUGUUCAGGAUGCUCAUGACCAGCAUUCUGCCAAUAGUGUCAGUCACACCCCAUCACCGCCACCCGGCGCAUCCAACUCGGAGCACCACAGCAUUCGUCAUGUGGUUAGCAGCUUCUCAAUUGUUGAUGACCCUCCUCGAAACACCUCACUCAGCCCGGACUUAGCCUCGCAUAAGCCUUUCAGUGUGAGCCCUGAGCCAUCUGGGCAACGACUUGCUCCGGCUCAUCAUGCUUCCAGCCCAGACCUUUAUGUAAAUGUGGACAGGGCGAAUAAUCAUACACCUGAUCACGAGGAUUUGUAUGAUGCAACCCCUCGUGAUUCACAGGCAAUACGGCCGCAUCAGGUGCCUGUUCAAAAUCCAACAACCCAACAUAAUGAGAGCCAGACUAAUGGCAUCAAUGGUGCUGCAGCCGGCCUUGCUGCGGGUGCCUUGGCCUCUGGAGAGAUUUCAAGGACGAGUAGUUUUCAGGUAGAGCAACCUCAGCAACAAGUUCAACAGAUGGAGCCAGAAGAGAAAAUCCUUGUGGAUGAGCCAGUUGAACUUGCUGCCGUCAAUGAUGACGGUGACGAUCUACCCAUGAUGAGCGCUACAUCCUAUCCUGGGCAGGAAUGGAACCCGUACGGUGCAGGCGAGUUUGGGGACUGGGAAUAAUGUGCUCCAGUCCCUGGGCUCUUCGAGUUAUAAAGGGACCCAUCAUGCCAAAAUUCCAAUCGUAAGUCGGAUUGUAUCCGACUUGCUUAUGGCGCAUUCAAGUGUCCGCAACAUGUAGAAAAGAUUGCAAAUUCUAUUACUGGUUAUAUUCAGCGGCUAGAUAUACAUCUUCGGUCCGUCUGCUUUAUUUUGUUGAUAUUUAACUUCAUCUACAUACCCCCAGCUCAAUUCACAAUAGCUACACAACGAAAUUAUAAUCAUAUUCACUAG